AUGGCUUACACCAAAUUUCUAUCCGUCUAUGUAUUCUUGAUCAUUGGACGACGAGCUUGUGCUACACCUGUUCCUCAAGGCGACCUAGAGUCUCUCUAUGCGCCUCCACCUAAUCCCACUUGGACACCCGCCUCAGAAACCACACUUCAGCCGUCGCCAACAAAUACCAUCGCACCGCCUGAGGAUUUAUCAGGUACUGAUGACGAACCGGUUGCAAAUACUGCGCUCUCAAGAAAGUUCGUAGACAGUCGUUGCACGCCCCAACAGCAGGCCAUUAUCGAGAAUGCAUGGUACGAAGCAAGUUUGCUUGACGAUGCCUCAACGAAAUAUGUACCGAAUGGCGCAUUUUCCACCGCGUAUAUCAACCAUUUUGGAGCAAACGUUGCAGACACUGACAACCUGAAUAGGCGGCAUGCUCUCGAGACUGACAAUGCUCCCUCAAACGCCUACAUCUACUAUUACUGCUACGAUUGGAGAAACAACUGCCCCCGGGGUAGAGGAGGCUAUUCAGAUACUAAGGUUAUCAACGAGGUUACCAAAUUGCCAGACUCAGCGAAGGAGAAGAACAUCCUGGAACCCUUUUACUAUACCAGGGGUAUGGCAAUGUAUCACGAGACCUGGCACAUGCGGUACACGAUUUCCAAUCCAAUGAUCGAGGAUUAUAAUCCAGGCUAUUGGCCCCAGGGUUCCUGGGAUUUGGCUGCAACGAAAGGCGCCUAUUGGACAUCGCUCAAUGCCGACUCUUACGUCUGUUCCAACUUGGCUAUAUACUUAUGGGAUCUCUUCAAAUUGGCCACGGCUCCCCUUCCUAGGAAGGUGUACGAGCAACGAAACGGUUUCACAUCUUCGUACUCUGGAAUCACUUUUACCUACGACGAUUCCAAUGCAACUGAGGAAUCCUUUCCGGCCAGUUUCGUCGAUCCAAGUGAUCCUAAUGAUCCAAACGCUGCACCCGAUCCGAAGCUUUGGACUGCUUUUGAAGGAAAAGCACCAAUACCGGUUCCUACGGAAAUGUGCGCUAUUCAUGUCGAUGAGUUUCAAGACUGUGCAGACGUGUAUUCCAACUUGUUUGCUUCAGUAACCGUGAAGGACAGCGACGGCAAUGUCCUCGGCGAAACGACGGUCAAUGAUACAUAUCCUUUGGGAAUGCCGAUCAACGUCGGAGAUACAUAUGCUUUCUCAUUCAACGAGCUGGCAUCUACCGCGUUAAUGAUCACGGGAGAGCAUGCUGGUGACUAUAUUCAAUUUACUCUAGGGACGUUGUCUUGGACGAGUAGGACCACGACAGGAGUUGCCACUUGUAGGAACGGAGGGUGGGACCCUAAGGAUGGUCCAAUCUGUGCCACUUGUAGGAACGGAGGGUGGGACCCUAAGGAUGGUCCAAUCUGUGCUCCACGCACUCAACGGCACAGGGAGCAGAACGCGCGUAAAAUUGCUGUAUCCAAAAUGGGGGACGUAAUUUUACAAUUCGGCAAAACUUGGUGUGCCGACAUUGUCGAACCCAUUUUCUCUUACCACCAUACACGUAAACAACCUGCGAACACUUUGCACACUGACACAACCUCUUCCUCACCAAAAACGAUAUUCAAGUCUUUGCAUCUGAAUCACAAUCAUCGAGCAGCAACCUCCCCCACAAUCAACCAGACACCCGUCCUGUCCGCCUCGAAACCACCCCCCACAAUGCCCUCCCGCUCCAAUCCCAACACACCCACCUCCCUCAAGCCCAAAACAGCGCGCACCCUCAAAAGUAAGCGGCAGCAGACCCAGCGCCUCGCCAAAAACAAAAUCACAAAGCCCACACCGCGCACGAGCCAAGCAAUCAGGAAAGCAGCGCCGCUGUCGAGAAAGAAGGCCAAAAAGGUGGAGAAGAAAGUUGGAUAUGCGAAGAAGAGGGCAAUGGAGGAGGCGGGGGAGGUGGAGAUGAAGGAUGUAGCGGAGUUUGAUGGGAAGGUUGGGAGAUCGGAUACGGCAGUGGGGGAAAGGAGAGGCGAUGCGGAUAUGGAGGUGGAUGGGGUGGAGUGA